AUGGCAUCACAACCCACACAAAUGAAAGCGUGGCUCUACUCCAGCACAACAAAUGGCCUAGAAAAAAACCUCACCCUGAACGCGUCAACACGCGCACCACCCACCAUAUCAGGCGACAACGUCUUGAUCCAAGUGCUCUCCGCCUCUCUAAACCCCGCAGACUUCAAAGUCCCCGAAAUGGGCCUCCUAGCACGCAAACUCGUGAUCGGUACCCCGGCCUCCCCGGGCAUGGACUUCUGCGGCAGAGUGGUGAUUGCCGGGCCCGGCGCAAGCGCCUUCUCACCCGGCCAACUGGUCUACGGAUGCCUGAGCAAACCAGCGCAGUUCGGCUCGCUCGGUGAGUACCUCGUUGCAUCAGCUAGUCUUCUCGCACCGGUGCCUGAGGGCGUGGAGAUCGACCACGCUGCUUCGAUUGGGAUUGCCGGUCAGACGGCGUACCAGAGCUUGGCUGGGUAUGUGAGUGCUGGCGACAAGGUGUUUGUUAAUGGUGGGUCUGGGGGGUGUGGGAUCUUUGCGAUCCAGAUUGCUAAGGAAAUGGGGUGUCAUGUUACAGCUACUUGUUCUGCGAAGAAUGUGGAGUUUGUGCGUGGGCUUGGAGCGGAUGUGGUGAUUGAUUAUUCUGCUGGGGAUGUUGUUGCGAGGUUGCGUGCGGACGGAGUUGUUUUUGACCACAUCAUUGAUCAUGUUGGGUACCCUGCGCCGCUGUAUCGAGAGUCGCAUCAUUUCCUUGCGCCUGGGAAGGCGUUCGUGCAGGUUGGUGCUUCGGCGAUGGCUACCUUUGCUGAGAGGUUGGUUGUGCCUGGUUUCUUAGGUGGUGGGAAGAGGAAGUAUGUUAUUUUCUUCUUUAAGAAUACUCGUGAAGACCUUGUUAAGGUUGGGGAGUUGGUCCAGAAGGGGGCUGUCAAGAUUCAGCUUGAUACUGUCUUCGAGUUUGAGGAUGCUGUUCAGGCAUUUGAGAAACUUCGGUCUGGGAGGGCAAGGGGAAAAAUUAUUGUCCAUGUGGCUAAGCCGUAA